ACGGUCAUGGUCUUGGUCAUGCUUAACUUGACCUUUAUGUGGUCCGACGCGGUUUGUAUUUAAUCAAGAUCUUCUAGUAUUUCUUAAUUCUUAUUUUCCAUUUUUCUAUUUGCAAAUUUCGCCACACUUUCCUCAAUUUCUCAGCCUCUUCGUAUACACAGUACACAUAUAUGUAUGUGUUCUUGUAUAGUCCAAAUCUCCGAUCUUUCUCUUAACUUUGCUCGAUCUCUGCACUUCAAGGAGGUUAUACAGAGUUAUAUUAUAUAUACACAAUGGGAUAUAUAGGGGCUCAUGGAGUUGCUGCACUGCAUAGAUACAAGUACAGUGGAGUGGAUAACUCAUAUCUCGCAAAAUAUGUGUUGCAGCCCUUUUGGAGACGCUGUGUUAAUCUUUUCCCACUUUGGAUGCCGCCCAAUAUGAUUACACUUACAGGGUUCAUGUUCUUGGUCACAUCUGCACUGCUUGGCUAUAUAUAUUCACCUCGCUUGGAUUCUCCUCCACCAAGAUGGGUUCAUUUUGCUCAUGGAUUACUUCUUUUCUUAUACCAGACUUUUGAUGCUGUUGAUGGGAAACAAGCAAGACGGACAAAUUCUUCUAGUCCACUGGGGGAACUUUUUGAUCAUGGAUGUGAUGCACUUGCAUGCACGUUUGAGACUUUGGCCUUUGGGAGCACUGCUAUGUGUGGAAGAAAUACUUUCUGGUUCUGGGUGAUUUCAGCUGUUCCAUUUUAUUUUGCAACAUGGGAACACUAUUUCACCAAUACCCUUAUUCUUCCGGCCUUCAACGGACCUACUGAGGGUCUCAUGUUGAUAUAUGUAGCCCAUUUCCUUACAGCUAUAGUUGGUGCUCAAUGGUGGGCUCAACCAUUUGGAAAAUCACUUCCCUUCUUAAGUUGGGUUCCGUUUUUAAAUGAAAUCCCGACAUCCGGAGCUGUGUUGGUUUUAAUGAUAGCUUUUGCUGUUAUACCAACAGUUUCAUUCAAUGUGUACAAUGUUUAUAAGGUCGUUCAGGCAAGGAAAGGAAGCAUGUUACUGGCAUUGGCAAUGCUUUACCCUUUUGUUGUGCUCGUGGGAGGAGUCCUGGUGUGGGAUUAUUUGUCUCCAAACGAUAUAAUGGUGAACUAUCCACAUUUGGUUAUAGUGGGAACUGGACUUGCAUUUGGGUUCCUUGUGGGAAGGAUGAUUUUAGCUCACUUGUGUGAUGAACCCAAGGGCUUAAAAACUAAUAUGUGCAUGUCUCUGUUAUAUCUACCUUUUGCAAUUGCAAAUGCUCUCACUGCCAGACUGAAUGAUGGAACUCCAAUAGUUGAUGAGAGAUGGGUUCUCCUUGCUUACUGUGUGUAUACAGCGGCUCUCUAUCUCCACUUAGCAACAUCAGUCAUUCACGAAAUAACAACUGCCUUGGGAAUCUAUUGUUUUAGGAUAACAAGGAAAGAAGCUUGAGAGGUGCUAAUGUUGUAAUCAAGUCUUCUCGGAAAUUUCCAGCCAGCAUAUCAGGAACAAUGCAGCAACUUUAUGGUCUCUCUGCUACAAUUUUUUUUGGGUAAACAUUAACCGUGAAGAUAACGCUCGAUCCAUUGCAUGGGAUCCAUUCCCAAUUACUAUCACUCUUGUAAUUGAUUAAAAUGCAUUUUAAGCAUGAGAUGUCACUCUCUCAAAAUUUAUUACUUGAAUUUUAGAAUGUUACUAAUGGAUGAGUGUUUGAGAGAGACCAUAUUUUGUAAGACGUAAUAGGGCACAAUUUUGGAACUUUGACAUCAUUGGCCGUCAAAAUGGCUGGACGGCAAACUAGUGAGAAAAGCAUGCCAAAUGAUGUAUAUGUAUGGAGUUGGAAAUAUAUAGUAUACAUCACACUAUAAAUGUAUGGUAUAUAUUGAAAUGUUGUUCGGUUGAUGAUAACACUUGUGUGGUAUUUCUGCAUAAUGUUCAUAAUGUUAUUUUAA